AAAAAAAACAUUUUAAAAUAUUUGCAAAUGUUUAAUUUAGUAUUAAUAAUCCACAACUAUGGCGAAAUCUCAGCAUUUCAAACUAAACAUCACCUGUUGCAUCUUGUCAUAUACAUGAUGUGUCUAUGCUUAAUUUAACAAUAGUAAUGGCGAUAACACGACGUCAUUCUUCUCCUAUAAAAAUUUGUUGCUACUUUUUGUAGAGGGAGUAGCAUACCGUUCGUUCAACAACACUGUUUGGUAUUAGUGAAAAUUAUAUGAUCGAAUUGUAUACAUUUAUUUCAUUAUUGAUUUAUUAUAAACAUUAAUGUUAAUUAAUUGAAUAUUAAAAUAUUAUUUAUUUAAUUAUAUAAAAUGGGAAAGGGAUUUAAUAAUUACAUGUGCAAAAAAUUUUUUCACCCAGCAUCUCGAGACAAUUUAAAACGAGUAUGGAUGGCUGAACAACAAGCAGAAGCUUAUAAGAAAAAACAAGAGGAAUUACGUGUUCAAUAUGAAAAAGAACAAGAUCUUCAUAAUAAUAAAGCUUUAUUGAGUAAAGAAAGCAAGGAUAAACUUAGUGUAAAUUUUAUGUAUGAACCACCACCUGGAGCAAAAAAAGAGAGAGAAAAAGAAGACAAUGAACCAGAAUAUAAAUUUGAAUGGCAACGCAAGUAUAAUGCACCAAGAGAAAGUUAUUGUAAAGGAGACAGUGAAAUAAGAGAUCAACCAUUUGGUAUUCAAGUACGUAAUGUCCGUUGUAUCAAAUGUCAUAAAUGGGGACAUAUAAAUACAGAUAAAGAAUGUCCUCUAUAUAGUCAGGCAAUGAGUGUAGUAAUGGCAAAUAAUUCACCAGCUACAUCUACUCCAGAUGCUUUAACAUUAGUUCAACAAAUGAGAGAAGAUGGAUUAGCACUUAAAAAAUCAGCUCUUAAUGCUCAGCAACAUUUAAGAGUUCCUGAGCACGAACAUCUUAUGGUUUCAGAUGAUGAAGAACAAUCUGAAAUUACAUUUCUAAAAACACUUUCUAAAAAGCAAAAAAAGAAGUUAUUAAUGAAAUUACAGCAACUUGAAAAAAGGACUAAAAAAGCAGAAAAAAGAAAAUUGAAAGAAAAACGAUAUAAACAUAAAAAAAAUAAAAGUGAUAUCGAUAGUGAUAGUAGUGACACUUCCAUCAGCAGUGAUGCUAGUAGUAGUAGUAGUAGUAGUAAUAGUAGUAGUAGUAGUAAUAGUAGUAGUAGUAGUAGUAGUAGUAGUAGUACUAGUAGUAGUAGUAAUAGUAGUAAUAGUAGUAGUACUCAAAGUACUAAUACUAGUAGUAGCAUCACAAAUAGCUAUGGUACAAAAAGAUUUAGAAAGGAACAAAAAAAAGAAAAAAAAAAUUCUAUUUCAAAUGGAAAUUCUAUAAAUUAUCAAGAAAAGAAGGAAGAAAAUAAAACGGACAGUAGAAAGAAAAGAAAUAGAUUUAAACACGAAAAGAAAUCUAAGCAUAAAAAAUCUCAUGAGAAUGAUAAGAAAGAAAGUAAACAUAAAGAGUUUAAUAAUCAUAAAAAAAAAGAACUUGUAAAAUUUACUGGAAAAGAAACUAAUGAAAAUCAAAAUAGAAAGAAAAUAAAACGAUAUUAAAAUAUCUUUUUAUAUUAAAAAUAUAUACUAAUAUAACUUUGAAUUGAAUGUAAUUAUUAAAUAUAAUUAAACAUGAAUUAUUAAACAUAAUAAACGAUAUAUCAUUUAAUAUGACCAUUUAAUAUAUAACGAUAAAUCAUUUAAAUAAUAAAAAUGAUAAAAAACAAAACGGGUAAAUUAUGUAUAUAUACAUAAAAGAAUCAUAUAAACAAUGAUAAUUUUCACAUAAUUUUCAAGCAGAUAUCCAAAAAAAUAUAUAAAAUUACAUUAAUAAUAUCUUAUAUUCAUUUUUAUGUUUCAUAUCGAAGAUAACAUAUUAUAAUAACUGUUUUCUUAGCAAUUUACUCCAUCAAUACAACAAUUAAAAAAUAGAAUAUUAAUGAUAUUUGAAAUCAUAAAAAUCUAGAAAAAGAAACGAUAAAAUUUUAGUAGUUUAUAGUAUAAAAAUUAAAUCAGUUACAUCAAAAAUUAAAAGGGAAUUAUAGCUACUAAUUCAUUGUCCAUAUUUUAUCUGAACAAAAUUUGGCAUUCAUUUGAGAAAGUUCAAAAUUUAAUAUUGAAAAUUUAUCCUUGUACUUCAAAUAUUUCAUAUAUCAUAUUAUAAUUAAAAAUUUUCAAAAAAAUUUUUAAGAUUUAAUUUUUUAAAUUUUUUCUAAUUGAUAACUUGUUUGACUUGAAACAAUUUAUAUAAUUGGCUUGUAUAUCUUUCAUAAUAUUAUGCAAUAGAAAAUACAAUAAAUAAUAAAUAUAUAUAAAUAUUAUAUAAAUUAAAUAUUUAUAUAAAUUUAUGUAAAUAUUUAAUGAAUUUCAAAUAUAUAUGAUGAAAGUUAAAUUUUUGUUAAUAUUCUAUAUGGAAUAAGAUUAUCUAAAGAAAUUUUUUAUACAAAUAUUAUUUUAAACUUAUUAUUAUUUCAUCUAUAAGUAGCUAUAUUUGAUCUUUUAUUAUCAAUAUAUAACAUUAAUAUUAUUAAGUAUUUACAGAAUUUCGGUUUUGAAAAAUAUUUUCAAAAGUCUGUAACUGCUUAAUAAAUACAUAUUAUAUAAACAAGACUUCUGUUAAAACAUUAUAUAUACAAGAAUGAAUUUUAAAACAUUAUCUAUAUGAAUUUGUAAUAAUAUUAUGUACUAAUAUUUAUGUAAAAUUAAUUGCUAAGCUUUUCGAUAUGUCUUUCUAAUUACAGAUACCAAAACAAUGUAAUAAUUUCUAAAUUAAGUUUAAUAUAUAUCAUUGGAUAUAUAUAUGAAUAUUUGAAAAUGCUUCAUUUACUUCUUUAUAUAGUAAAUUUGUUAUGGAAAUAUAUGAAAAUGAAAUCAUUAGAAUAAUCUUUUAAAGUUUAAAGAAGGAAGAGAGCAUUUUCAUAUCUUUGUAUAUUUAUCUUACAAGAUAUUAAUUUCUCACUCUCAACAUUUUACUUUUAUAACAUAUUAACUAUUAACAAGAAUUUUACAUACAUAUUGCUACACACACGUGUAUAGGUGAGCAUGUAUAAGUUCUUCUAUGGAAAAUUUAAUACUAUCCAGCUAUUAGCUGUGAACACUUGGGCAGUUAAAAUUUUUGUUGUAUAAUUGUCAUUUUCACAACGAUUACAUGUAAAAAAUAAAAUUGAAUUAACAGUAAAUAAAAAACAA